AUGACGGAGCACAGUACCGGACGCAAAGGGGCGUUGCUUCCGGUCUACGUGGGCGGCGCCAGUGGACGCCACGCGCCUCGAAAGAAAGCGCCCGGGAAGCGCAGCACUCGCGUGCUACACACGGAAGAUCUGCCGUUGUCGUCCUCGUCUGCGUCGUCCAAGAAACGGCCCGUGUUAUUACCGGUAAGUCGUCCGUGGAAUGUGUUGUGGGCGUUAUUUAUUGUCGCCUUUGUCGUCUGCAUGGUGUGUCUCGUCACACUGGGGCGACUGGUCCAAACGGGUUCGAUUUCGAACAAUGAAGUGCAAGGUGGCGACCGGUCGAAACAAGGGCUUUUUUCUGCAUGGAAAGAGACGCAAGUGGUCGAGAAACUGAAGCAGCUGUCGCACAUGUUUACAGCUGUUGACGAGUCGAAAGUCAAGACUCGGCAGACGAGACAAGCGCUCCAGGAUCUGGGGGACUACGAGUGCCUCGGAUGGCGCCAGACGACCAAUUGUACGCCCCACGGGGACCGCGAGUGGAACAAUGACAAAAACUGCUCCGCGGUCGUGCCUUAUGGCGUGUCGGGGUACUGUGAAGUACGCCACCAGCGCACGGGGGAAGUCACGCAAGUGCUGAAGAUGCACUGCUCGUCGUUGCGACCGGGGGUCAAGUUCACGUGCGACAUGUUCCAGAGCUUACUGACUUACAGUAUCCUCUCAACGGACUAUGACCACGAUCCGAACUUUUCGUACGCGCGUAAUCAGGAGGUUUUUCGAACGACUAAUCAACUGUCGCAUACGCCGAUUCCUAUUGGAGACGACGGGGUGAAAAAUCAAGAUGUCGGACAUUUGGAACUAUCCUACGAUCGAGGCAUUGUAAUCGUCGUGUACGAGAAGUUGCUCCUAGGGGCGUACGUGAGUGUCUGCUCGUUGCGGGCUUUAGGGUGCACGCUGCCGAUUGAGAUGUGGUACAAAACGUCCGAAAUGGACGGGAAUCACCCUCUGGUUCGGCGCAUGGUGGAAGAUCUCGGCGUGUACUUGCGCGUGAUUGACGACCCGCGGGCGACGACCUUUUAUACCAAGUUGUAUGCUCUUUACUAUAGUGCUUUCGACCAGGUGUUGUUGCUGGACGCAGACAACUUUGUCGUGCGCGACCCCAGCUAUUUAUUCGAGACGCCCGAGUUUAUCAACACGGGCGCGAUCUUCUGGCCAGAUUAUUGGCGACCGGGCAACACGAUUUUCAACAUUCAUGCAACGAGUUUUGUCUGGGAUUUCUUUGGCCUCGAGUACGUCGACAUGUUUGAGCAAGAGAGCGGCCAGGUGAUGAUCAAUCGACGGACGCACCUCAAGGCACUGAACGUGCUCAUGUACUACGGCUUCUCGACGCCUCGGGCUUUUGAACACAUGCGGCUCGUGUGGGGCGACAAGGAUCUGUUUCGUUUUGCGUGGCUCAAGACGAAGAGCUCGUUCUUCAUGUCGUCGCGACCACCCGGCUCGGCGGGUACGAAACAUACUGACUAUGAUCUGUUUUGUGGGGUGACGAUGGUCCAACACGAUCCAAUGGGGGAAAUCCUGUUCUUGCAUCGGAACACGGAAAAGCUCACGUAUGCGAACAACCGAAUUUUGUGGACCCAUAUCCAGCAGUACAAGCGUGUAUUGCCGGUUGCGAAUUACUACAUUCGCGGUGCAAAUGGUGGCAAAGUUUUUCCGCAGUUCAAGCGGUGCUUUGGUAAAGACGUGCAUUAUGAGAAGCUCUUUACGCUGAAACCGAUAAGCGCGUUCCCUUUCGAAAACAUAGAAAACGAUCUGCUUCGAUUUGCUGCUGCGGGCGCUGAGGUGCUUCGGCUUUCUGGCUACAAAGCGGAGGCAAAUCCUGUGGAAGCUGACUUGAAAAUCAAGCAGGGGUGA